AUUUUCUUUUCCCGGACUCCACGCUUCCUGCUGGGCUGGAAAAUUUUCUAAAAGCUUUAUUUAACAUUGUGAUGACACGCUUACGCGUGGAUCCUUUAUUGAUCGUUCUCAGGUCUUUUCAGGGUCCGGGAAAUUUGGACCUAGGCUUGUGGUUGUUAAGUGGGCUUGGUUGAAACUGCAAGAUAUAAAUAAUAUUCUGAGAUCUACUCUUCGUUUAAAGUCAGAGAACAUUCAGGAAUUUGCCCUUUUGAUGGAGGAACUUAGAAGAAUUUUGUGUUUUUGUUUUUUUGAAAGGUUAAGGGAAACUCCGAAUCCCCGUGUGAUUUGACUUAAAGUAACUUUAAAAGUUUGACCUUUGCGGGGAUUGUUCAAUUUCAAGAAGAUAGUACAGUAAAAAUCGGCAAGAACGCCUCCCACAAACUUAAUGAAGAUAAGUCAAGUGUAAGAUCCCCAGAGUUGGUUGUGCAGCUCUUGAUUUGAGUGAAUGGGAAGAGGGAGGAGCAUGGUGUAAAGCCUUUUAAAAUUACAAACACGCUACUGUUUAGCUGUUAAGAUCAUACCUGAGAUUCACCUUUGCUCUGGGUUAAUUUAACUGAAGAAAAAGAAGAGUAAUCAAAAUGCUCGAAGUCUGAAAAUAGUAGAUGGAACUUCAUUCCUAAAGUUUUAGUCAGUAGCCAGUCUUAUUCUGGCCUGUUUUGGUUUGUAAAUGAUGGCUCUUUUACUAUGUCAGUAAGAAUGUUAGUGGAGUUUGUAUUAACAUCUGGAGGUCACCUACAGUAUAUUAAGUUAGCCCUGUAUAGUUAAAAGUUUUAUAUGAGUGCAAAACAUCCUAGCACAGUGUUAGGGCAGGAAUGGGGUUCAUAGUCCUGGUGUCAGGUUCACACUUAGAUGCCUAAGCAUCCAGACUAGUGCUAAAAGUACAUCGUAGCGAUUCUGUCAAUAUUUGUGUAAGGAAUGGAUUUCUGCCCGGAUGCAUAUGUAGAUGUGAUGUGUGCUGAUCCAGAAGAGGGAUUGUGUGGGGUCCACAGAAGUGGGGAGACUGGUUCAGAUGAUGUCUGUCUGUGAGGGCCAGUGUUUGACUGGUCAUAAAGUAAUUGAGGAAAACUAAUAAAUAAAAACUUUAUUUUAGUUCUGCCAGCAGGAGGAAUUUGUUUACAGCCUACAGAUAGCACUGUUUUAGAUGCUGUGGAGCUUCAAAAAUAAGAGAAUAUCUGAUCUUUGGUCACCCCUUUCCCCAGUAUUAACGGGAACAUCCGUAGUAUAAAAACUUUCACAAUGAAAUCGGAAGCCAAGGAUGGAGAGGAGGAGAGUCUACAAACUGCUUUCAAGAAACUAAGAGUGGAUGCAUCAGGGUCCAUAGCAUCUCUGUCUGUUGGAGAAGGCACAAGUGUCAGAGCGUCCGUCAGAGCAGCAGCAGAGGAUACCAAACCUAAGACCGUGUGUGCAUCUAAAGACAGUUGGCAUGGGUCUACUAGGAAGUCUUCACGAGGAGCAGUGAGAACCCAGCGUCGACGCCGUUCCAAGUCUCCUGUCCUUCAUCCUCCAAAGUUCAUACAUUGCAGUACAAUAGCUUCUUCCAGCAGCCAGCUCAAGCACAAAAGCCAGACUGACUCCCCUGAUGGCAGCAGUGGGCUGGGAAUUCCAACCCCUAAAGAGUUCAAUGCAGGAGAAUGCUCAACUUCUCUCGAUACUAAUCACACAGGGGCGGUUGCUGAGCCUUUGAGAACUUCGGUUCCAAGGCUCCCAUCAGAGAGUAAGGAGGAAGAUUCCUCUGAUGCGCCCCAAGUCUCCCAAGCAAGUCUCCAGGCCAGUGAUCUCUCUGACUUUCAAUCGGUUUCCAAGCUAAACCUGGGCAAGCCAUGUGCAUGCAUAGGCAAGGAGUGCCAGUGUAAGAGGUGGCAUGACAUGGAGGUGUACUCCUUCUCAGGCCUGCAGAGUGUCCCUCCCUUGGCCCCAGAGCGAAGACCCACACUCGAGGACUACUCCCAGUCGCUCCACACGAGAACUCUGGCUGGCUCUCCCCGUUCCUGUUCUGAGCAGGCUCGUGUCUAUGUGGAUGACGUGACCAUUGAGGACCUUUCGGGCUACAUGGAAUAUUACUUGUAUAUCCCCAAGAAAAUGUCCCACAUGGCAGAAAUGAUGUACACCUGAGAGUGAGAAUCUCCUUCCUAUGCUUUAACCAAUGAAGGGUUGUCAGAGAGUUAGUUAACAGCAGACCUUGCAGCUACUUUGUGUGAGAAGACAUCUCCUUCUGCUCACUGUGCUUGCAAUAAAAACUUUUCUUGGCAUCUCA